UUUCUGUCUUUUAGUAAAACUAUUCAGAUCAAUAUAAUCGACGAUGAAGAGUAUGAAAAGAACAAGAACCUUUUCGUGGAACUUGGAGAGCCCCAGAUAGUGGAGAUGAGUGAGAGAAAAGCUCUGCUUCUUCAUGACUGUGGUGAAUUUGUGAAGACAGAUAAACAGCUUUAUGGCAGGGACAUCUACCGGAAGGUUCAGGGCCGAGAUAACCACGUCGCUUCCACCAUUAUCAACAUAGCAGAGAAGAGAGGAGAAGAAGCCCCGACGAAGAGAGAGGAAGACGAGCGCCGCGUUGCAGAGCUGGGACGUCCCACGCUGGGAGAGCACGUGAAGAUGGAAGUCAUCAUAGAGGAGUCCUAUGAGUUUAAGAGCACAGUAGACAAACUGAUAAAGAAAACCAACCUGGCCCUUGUGGUCGGCACCAACAGCUGGAGAGAGCAGUCAGAGGCCAUUACCGUCAACUCUGGGGAUGACGAUGAUGAUGGCGAGUGUGCUGAAGAGAAGCUCCCCUCGUGUUUCGAUUACGUCAUGCACUUCCUCACCGUCUUCUGGAAGCUUUUCUUCGCCUUUGUGCCGCCCACGGACUACUUCAACGGCUGGGCCUGCUUCGUCGUGUCCAUCAUCAUGAUCGGGGUACUGACAGCUGUCAUCGGUGAUCUGGCUUCUCACUUCGGCUGCACCGUUGGACUGAAGGAUUCGGUGACAGCAGUGGUGUUUGUUGCCCUGGGAACAUCUGUACCAGAUACAUUUGCCAGUAAAGUUGCGGCGGUCCAGGACCAGUAUGCAGAUGCCUCCAUCGGCAACGUCACCGGGAGCAACGCUGUCAAUGUCUUCCUGGGCAUCGGUGUGGCGUGGUCCAUCGCUGCCAUCUACCACACAUCGCAGGGCAGACCGUUCCUGGUGAAUCCUGGAACACUGGCAUUCUCCGUCACGGUCUUCACCAUCUUUGCCUUCGUGGCUGUCGGUGUGCUCAUGUACCGGCGUCGACCUGAAAUCGGGGGAGAGCUCGGAGGCCCCCGACUCCCCAAGAUCCUCACCACCAGCCUGUUCUUCGGCCUGUGGCUUAUGUACAUCAUCCUCUCCUCUCUGGAGGCCUACUGCAUCGUCGAAGGUUUCUGAAACAGUCUGCUGCAGGGAAAAGGGGAGACGAUGGAAGUGCAAAGAGAGGAAGAUGAUAUUAUAGAAGAUUGGGGUGGUAAGGACACAAACAGCCAUAUGACAAUAUAACAAAUAGUUAACAAUAUUCAUAUAACAAAUAUGAAUAAUAAGCCUACUUUUUGAUUAUGUUGUCCUGUUUCCCUUUUGAAAUACGGUUUUAAAAACUGUUGGGGGUCGUUAUAUGUGCCAUGUGUAAAGACUUCUGUGAAAGCGUGUUAUCAAAAUAAAUGUUUGCUUAGAAUAGUGUUAUUAUAGAGGGUCUCUAUAGUGUUUUGUUAAAAUAUGGCAACUAUCAUAAUCUGCAGAUCCAAUAAGGUCUGGGUUAUGUCCAUACAACCAUCAAGAUGCUUUAGUCUAAAUGAUUUGUUGUUUCUCAUUGUUUGUCAUUUUGUAGUGCAUUUAAUAGUUUUUCAAAUAUGUGUAUUACUUCUUACCAUUCAUUAAAUACAUUAAAGAAAUAUUUCAUUGAAAAAACUAAACUGAUAAAAUAAAACAUUGGCAUUGAAACACAA